AGCAUCCGAUUGGUUGAUUCUUUCGACCAACCGGCAUCUAUUGGAAGCAUUUGAAGCAUUGCCCGCUCCCUUCAGAACUAGUGUAGCCCCGGAAAUUCUUCAAGCUAGGUUGGAGACUUGCUGUACUGUAUUCUUUACCAUUUCAUUUCACUGAGGUUUAUUUGCACCAUCUACCAUGGAUACCAAAGACAAAACUUCUAGAUCAAGUUCCAAGGAAAAUCUGAACGAAUCCAGCCGACCCCUUUUAGAUGAGGAAGGCGGGACCGUGGCAAUCGAGUUGAAUCGCACCGACGACACCACAACGGGAGCUGGCGAAGAGGCAGUCAAGGAGUCCACUUUGGAAAAGAGUGAAGAGGCCAAAGCUGAUGGUAAGGGAUCGGAAUCGAAAAAGGACAAAAAAGAGAAAAAGAAGAAAGAAAAGAAGGAAGAGAAGGAGAAAGCCUCUAAGAGAAGAUCAUCUUUCGCUGCAAAACUGACUGCUGGCCUCAACCUUCUGGACAGAGACGACAGAAAUGUAAAUGAUCACAUUAAUAUUACCUUUGAAGAUGUGCUUGCUGAACCUGACUCGGGCCAUUCUUUUGUUUGCGUGUGGCAGAAUAGCUUCAUACUGUUUGAUGUUGUUAAGUUUUGGUUUUACCGAAUCUUAUCGGCAAUCUUAUUUAUUCCCUUUGCUUUGAUUUGGGGCCUUUUCUUUGCCAUCCUCACCAGUGUGAACGUAUGGAUCAUUUCUCCUCUCCUUCGCAUCUUUGACGUUGUUUUAUUCAUCGUACACAGGAUCUGGAGUGGCCUUAUUAAAACAUUUUUGGAUCCUUUGUUCAAGUCCGUUGGCCAGAUCUGCUCCAAUGUCCAAAUAGCCAAACGACAUACACAGAUGGAGGCGUGAAAUGAAUUUAUAGAUGGGAUUUUCUUUUUUUAAUUUUGAAGAAAAAUUUCUUUUUCUCUAUGCAGAGAAUAAAACUGCUAUUAAUGUACAA